CACAUACACACACACACUCGUACACUAGGACCCACACCCACUCACCCACUGGUGCCCUCUUACACCCAGCAUUAGACAUGACGGAGCUGAAGAGCAAGGCUUUCUGGAGGGCCGUGCUGGCCGAGCUGGUGGGCAUGACCCUCUUCAUCUUCCUCAGCAUCGCCGCCGCCAUCGGGAACAAGAACAACACCAAUCCAGACCAGGAGGUGAAGGUCUCGCUGGCCUUCGGGCUGGCCAUCGCCACGCUGGCCCAGAGCCUCGGCCACAUCAGCGGCGCCCACCUCAACCCGGCCGUCACCUUGGGCAUGAUGGUCAGCUGCCAGAUCAGCAUGGUCCGAGCCGUCUUCUACAUCUUCGCCCAGAUGCUGGGCGCCUCGAUGGCCAGCGGCAUCGUCUACGGCGUCCGUCCCAACAACAACACGACUCUCGGUGUCAACUCGUUGAACAACAUCAGCACCACUCAGGGUAUCGCCGUGGAGCUGGUGGCCACGUUCCAGUUGGUGCUGUGUGUGUUGGCGGCUACAGAUAAGCGUCGCCGUGACGUCGCCGGGUCGGUUCCUCUGGCCAUCGGCCUCUCUGUAGCACUGGGACACCUCACUGCCAUCAGUUUUACAGGAUGUGGUAUAAACCCCGCCCGCUCCUUCGGUCCGGCACUCAUCAUGAAUAAAUUUACUAACCACUGGGUGUACUGGGUCGGGCCGAUGUGUGGGGGCGUGGCCGCCGCUCUCAUCUACGACUUCCUGCUUUACCCUAAGAAGGACGAUUUCUCUGACCGCAUGCGAGUGCUGAUCUCCGGGCCGCCGAGCGACUACGACGUGAACGGACGAGACGACGUCCCGGCUGUGGAGAUGUCGUCCAAAUGAUGACCUCCCGUCCGGUCGUACCGGCUGUGAACGUCCAGUAGUAGUGAGGAACAUCAGCUGGACUUCCCAGUAGACCAGGCUCCAGAUCCCACUAGGACUUUAGAACCUUCAGAUCACUGGUCAGAACCAACUGAUCCACAAAAAAUACAUUCAACACAUCCCCCUGACUUCCCAUUGGCUGCCUGCGUCCUGAGGCUCUUCUCUCAUUGGUGGAGACUAAUCAGCUGACGAUUUCACUGAGAUCAAGUCCAGUUGGAGGACUCACUACUGCUCCGGCUGUAUUUUACUCCAUUAAUGCCUUAAACUCCUGUAAAUAUCGUUUCUUUAUACAUAUCAAAAACUACAUUUAUUUUUCCUGCCUUCACUGUUCCGUCACGAGCACUGAAGUUUCUUAUUUCUACUAGUGACGUUUAUAUCUCUUUGAUCUUUCGGUCACUAUCUGACCAUUUUAAAUAGGUCUGUGUUCCGUGUAAAUGAUUAUAACGUUUGUUUGUUUUGUAUUUGAGUAAAUAAAAAGCUGUCCACAUUU